UUAGAUCCACAUUUAAAGUGGCAUGAUAAGGGAGUUCCACAAGAAGAAGAAGAAAGUUCUCCAUCACAAUCAAAGUUAAGGGUACCUUCACAACCAGAAGUGAUACGACGAAACAGAUGUUUAGGCGGAUAUGCCAGA